AUGGGAGACUGGAACUUGUUGGGCAGCAUUCUGGAGGAAGUACACUUCCAUUCAACCCUAGUGGGGAAGAUCUGGCUGACCAUCCUGUUCAUAUUCCGGAUGCUGGUGCUUGGAGUGGCAGCAGAGGAUGUCUGGGAUGACGAACAGUCAGCAUUUACCUGUAACACCCAACAGCCUGGCUGCAACAACAUAUGUUAUGAUGAUGCUUUUCCCAUUUCUUUGAUCAGGUACUGGGUUUUACAGAUCAUCUUUGUAUCUUCUCCCUCUCUGGUAUACAUGGGCCAUGCACUUUAUAGACUCAGGGCCUUUGAAAAGGAGAGGCAGAGGAAGAAAGUACAACUUCGAGCCCAGCUGGAGGAACCUGAGCUUGACCAGGAGGAGUACCAAAGAAUAGAGAGGGAACUGAGGAGAUUAGAGGAACAGAGGAAGGUACACAAGGCACCCCUGAAAGGAUGCCUGCUACGUACUUAUGUACUGCAUAUCUUGACCAGAUCUGUAUUGGAAGUAGGGUUCAUGGUAGGGCAGUAUAUUCUCUAUGGGUUCCAAAUGCACCCACUUUACAAAUGCAGUCAAUUUCCUUGCCCCAAUUUAGUGGACUGCUUUGUGUCUAGGCCCACAGAGAAAACCAUUUUCAUGUUGUUCAUGCACAGCAUAGCAGCUAUCUCCUUGUUCCUUAACAUUUUGGAAAUAUUUCACCUGGGAAUCAGGAAAAUCAUGAAGGCAUUAUAUGGAGGUUCUAGCAGGGAGACUGAAAGGGGACCUGGCCACUCAAAUAGAAAUUCAGUGACCCAGCCCUGUGUAGCUCACUCUUUACUGCAUGAGAGCAUUCCUUUGUUCCAGCCUGUUCAACACAUCUGGCCAGAGCAACAAGUAAUUGGGAUUGAUAAUACAGAGCAUAAACCACCUUGGCAACCCAAUCAGCCCAACCAGACUGAGGGAGCACCUCCACCUGGUAAAAAGAACUGGUCCAGGAGGGAUCAACAUCACAGAGUGUUCCAAUUCAGCUCUGUUUGUCCCCAGGAUUGUUGUGUCCAGCACUUUCAACAGUGCAAACAUCAGCACCACGGACAGCACCCAGACUCUUCCUUCAGCAGGGGGGACAUUCUUUCUAGACCACAGCAGUGCAAUUUUGCAAAUUGCCCUUCCUGUACACUACGUCCUGGGGAGCAGCCCCAGAGUCUUUGCAACCUAACCAGGUCCUCAAUAGACCUGACUACUCACCGCAAGACCAGUAAGGACAGCAUGAGAGAGUGUUUUGACUCAGCAGAGAGAGGGGCUCACCCAGGUAGCUGCAAAGCCAGUUUCCUAUCCAGAGCUUCAGAAAGCUCUGAUUCCCAGCAUAGCCCUGUCUCUGACGUCCAGCACUGGGGAGAUGACAGUGGCUCCAGCUCUCCACCUCUACCUUCAGGCACUGGGCACAGAAUGUCAAUGGCAAGUAAAGACCAGCAGGCUCCUUCUCGUGUGAGCUAUAGCCUACUUGUAUAG